UUUCCUUCUCCUUCAGUUUGUUUGUUGACCAUAAAGACUUUUACUUCCUUUUUCCAUGCUUUCUUUCUCCCCAUUUCUCUAAUCCCUUUAAUAAUCUCUCUCCCUCCUUUUCUUUUUCUGCAUUUAAUCUGCAACAUUCCAUGCCAAAACCCACUUCAAAGUCAAAGGCAGCGUUCCAUUGGCGCUCUGUUUCCUUCAAUGCCAUGUAAAGAAGAAACGGAGGAUCAAUGGGUCAAAUAAUCUCCUUCAUUCAAAAACGUUUGGUGGGUUUAGUUUUUUACCCCUUUAAAAGAUUUUGGAGUCGUCAAAGCGUGGAAAGAUCAGAAGAUUUAGAGGACCCAAACGAGCAGUGUACCCUACUGAUUUCCAUACCGGAGCUAUCGGAUGAUCCUUCAUGUGACAGUGAGAGCGACACGGAUACCAUCUUUAGAUUACAUCAAAAUGUGGGCACUACUUGCACUGAUAUCGUGGGAGACAACAGCAGGCAGGACUCUGGUGUAUGUGUGGUGAACGUGGAGAAUUUGGGAGGAAGACAACUAGUUGGAGCAGGGGAAAUUAGAUGGAUACGCCAUUAUUGCAGUUCUCAAAGGAUGUUGUUGGUGGGGGAAGGCGAUUUUUCAUUCUCUGCUAGUUUGGCUCGUGCUUUUGGUUCUGCAACAAACAUGAUUGCCACUUCUCUCGACUCCAGAGGGUUCUUGUUAAGAAAUUAUAAGAAGGCAAUAGUCAACAUUCAUGAACUAAGGGUUAGAGGAUGCAUUGUUUUGCAUGGGAUAGAUGCAACUGAAAUAGCGAAUCACUCCUACCUGGGAGCCUUUAAAUUCGAUCGAAUCAUUUACAACUUCCCGCACGCUGGUUUUUGUUCAGACGAACCAGGCGAAUCCCAGAAACGUCGGCAUCAGUUGCUGAUAAGCUUGUUUUUGAAGAACGCAAAGGAGAUGAUUGAGGAGAGAGGCGAAAUCCAUGUGACCCACAAAUCGAAUGGGUUCUUUCGGGACUGGAAUUUGCAGGGACUAGCGGCUGCCGUUGGGCUGAGGCUUAUCCAAGAGGUGCCGUUCAAUUUCACCGAUUACCCGGGGUACCGCACCAAAUAUGGGUUCGGUGGUGACAAAAAUUUCAACUGUAAUCCUAGCAGAACUUACAAAUUUGGUCUAUAUCCGAUUAUGUCGCCAUGAAAAGGCGAUUUCAGACUUUAAUGGCAGAAAAUUUUCAUAAUGGAAUAACCAAAACAAAAAUACGAUAAAAGUUUAGUAAA